UGGAGCGCUUAGGAGGGAGUGUUGCUGACACAACAUCAUCAUCAUCGUCAUCACCAUUAUCUUCAGUUGCAGGAAGGUGCCGAGAUCUGAAAGCACGCGGGCAGCACGCAGAGGUCACUGUGCGGCCCUGCAGAGGGUCACCCCUGGGGGAUCGCCCUCUUGACCCCUCAUGGGACAGGGACAGGGACAGGAGAGGAGGGGGCGUCUCCGUACGAAAGCGGCAUCUACGGGCGGGGCUCGCGCGCGGAGCGGCAUUCCAUAGCACAAGCCCUGGGGGGUGCGGGGUGGGGGGCGGAGACGGGUAGGAGGAGUGUGCGCGCGAGGGGCCGAGGGGGCGACGCGGGAGCCGCUCAUUCAGUCACUGUAUCGCUGAGCGCCGAACUCUGCGGGUCUCGCAGCGCGGCAGCUCCGUCCGCUCCGUCGCUGUGUGUGUGUGUGUGUGUGUGUGCGCGCGCGCGCGGGGGUCUGCGGUGUGCAUCUGCGGGUGUGUGUGUGUGCCAGCAGCCCGGAGCAGUGCCACAGCCACGCCACGGUCCACGCGACCACCGCGAGAGAGGAGCGCACCGGAACCCAAGUGUCCGCGACACGAGCGUCGCCGUGGCGACCGAGCGCACUGUUUUCAGAGGCUGAACUGUGCGGAGAAGCUGUGCCUGUCCUUCUCUGCGACGAGAACCUACAGCAGGACAUACUUGCAAGGGCUCGGCACCGGGUUGCGUGGGUAUGUGCAGCUGCGCUGAACCCAGAACCGACAGGUGUGCAAAGUCCCGAAGCAGGAUGAUAGUAGUGUUUGCUUGGAUUGCGAGGCUCAAUUUAUCUUCGGUGGUGUGAGAAGUGGAGCAGGAGAAGAGCACCUGACCGUCUGGAAUAAUUCCAGUUUCGACGGCGAUAAAGAGAGCGACCUUGGCCAAGAGGAUUCGACUCCUCCCAUGUCUCAUUCCCCUGUCCAUGCCAACACGAUGCCUAAACAAGUCGAGGUGAGGAUGCACGAGAGCCAGCUGGACCCCAUCGACACCCCCGCGGAGCCCAUGUGUGCGGGUCUCUGCCAGAAGCUGUUGAAGAACUUGCUGCUCACACUCACCGUCUUAGGUGUGAUUCUGGGGUCCGUGGCAGGGAUGCUCCUGCGCUUUGCCUCACCCCUCAAUCCUGAUGUCAUCAUGGUCAUCGCCUUCCCAGGAGACAUUCUGAUGAGGAUGCUGAAGAUGCUCAUCCUGCCUCUCAUCAUCUCCAGCUUAAUCACAGGAUUGGCAGGAUUAGAUGCCAAGUCCAGUGGGCGACUUGGCACAAGGGCCAUGGUCUACUACAUGUCCACCACCAUCAUCGCGGCUGUACUGGGUGUCAUCCUGGUACUCCUCAUCCACCCGGGAAACCCAAAGCUGAAGGCGCGACUAGGGGAGGGUAAUAAGAAUGACGAGGUGUCCAGCUUGGAUGCCUUCUUUGACCUCAUCAGAAAUCUCUUCCCAGAGAAUCUGGUGCAGGCUUGCUUCCAGCAGAUUCAAACCGUGUCAAAGAAGGUGGAGCAGAUCCCCGAUUACACGGAUGAGGUGAACUCCACUGUGGAUGACUUCCUGCUUGGCAGCACUAAGAAGCCACCGGAGCCUGUCUUUGUCAUCAAGAAAUCGCUUCAAUUCAAGAGUGGGAUGAACGUAUUAGGACUCAUUGGAUUCUUCAUCGCCUUUGGCAUCUGCAUGGGGAAGAUGGGCGAGAAGGCCAAGCUGAUGCUGGAAUUCUUCAACAUUCUCAAUGAGAUUGUCAUGAGGCUGGUCACCAUGAUCAUGUGGUACUCUCCCCUGGGUAUUGCAUGCCUGAUCUGUGGGAAGAUCAUCUCCAUCAAAGAUUUGGAGGUGGUGGCAAAGCAGCUGGGCAUGUACAUGGUCACAGUCGUGGUGGGCCUCAUCAUCCACGGUGGGAUCUUCCUACCGCUUAUCUACUUCGCCGUCGUCCGGAAAAACCCCUUCACCUUUUUCAUGGGCAUCUUCCAGGCGUGGAUUACUGCCCUGGGCACUGCCUCCAGCGCCGGCACUCUGCCCGUGACCUUCCGCUGCCUGGAGGAGAACCUGGGGAUUGACAAGCGCGUGACUCGCUUCGUGCUCCCGGUCGGUGCGACCAUCAAUAUGGACGGAACCGCGCUCUACGAGGCUGUGGCGGCCAUCUUCAUCGCGCAGAUGAACGGGAUCUACUUAGACGCGGGGCAGAUCGUCACGGUCAGUCUAACAGCCACUCUGGCCAGUGUUGGGGCGGCCAGCAUUCCCAGUGCCGGACUGGUGACCAUGCUUCUGAUUCUGACUGCAGUGGGGCUCCCGACACAGGACAUCAGCCUGCUGGUGGCGGUGGACUGGCUGCUGGACCGCUUCCGCACCUCAGUCAACGUGGUGGGAGACUCCUUCGGUGCCGGGAUUGUCUACCACCUGUCCAAGGAGGAGCUGGACCAGCUGGACGCCCAGCAGGGCAAGCUGGAGGACAUAGAGAUGGAGAAGACGCAGUCCUACUAUGAGGACCUCAAGAACCACCAGGAGAACAACACGAACCAGUGCGUGUACGCGGCCCACAACUCGGUGCACGUGGACGACUGCAAGGUGUCUCUGGCUACCAACGGUUCCCCUGCCGAAUUCGCUCUGGUUGAGGAGGAACCCUGGCGACUGGAAUAGAGGAGCGCGGCGGUCCGAGCUCCGCCUUGUCCUCGGUUCCGCAAGCUUUCCUAGCGGGACAAAGGAGAACAUCCGUACUGACGACUGGCUCUGUAGACGUUUCUCUAGAACUUUUCGACCUUUUUUAAACGGACCGACUCUGACCGGCUGAAACAACUAACCGUAACUGACCAAGAAACCGCAAGCAAACACCUCGACCGCCUCUGUGAGCGCUGAGGAAGUGGUCAAUGGAGACCAGAAACAUCAUGAUCGCUGGACACCUUUCUGCCGAGAGCUCAUGGGGGAAGGGGGAAGGGAGAAGGGGGGAGGGGGGUCAGUCAUUAUGGAGUUAUUUAAAAUGAUGUAAAACAGCUGGCGGGAGAGGGGAAAUGUGCGUGCGGACAAAGACGGACAUGUGGGCGGGGCCAAGUGGGACCACCUGCAUGGUCUCGCCAAAGACUAAUGGCUUUGCUCAGGGGCAGCCCUUGUACCAUGUUUCACCUCAUGACUGGAAAGGGGAACCGCGUUCUCUCUCCUCGUGGCUCUGACACCUUUUACCUCGAAUACACAGCCUGCUGCUCUCAGAUUCACGACGGAGAAACGGACCCGGAGCAACCGGGAUGGGCGGGGCAGAGGGUAGGGGAGGGGUGGAUGGGAGAGGGCAUGACCUUCCGGAGCAGAGCCAGCUCUCAAAGUAAAAGCACAAGCCCAGCGGAGGUGGAAACCCCAGGUUCACAGGGUCAUUCAUAUCCUCAGGUAUGGUGGGUGGGGUUGAGGAAGGGGGCGGAGCCUUUCAUCCAGCAGCUCCUGCAUUUCAGGAGCAAAACAACGAGUAGCCGCCGCGUCUCCCACCCUCUCUUACCGAUCAGAACUUCUUCUGAUGGAAAUAGUCGAACUGAAGCAGGAUCUGUAGACCUACCAACCUCACGGGACACAGACCGUGUUUCUGUUACAGUAAAAAAAAAACCGUAGUAAUGCACAAGUAUAAGGCAAACUGUGCAUUAUAUCAUACGGGUUAUAUCCCAAGGUACAUUUUGACUGGAUGUGGGGAAGGUCAGGAAAUAAUGUUUAUCCAUGUGGGGAAACACACUUUAGUCUCACAAGAGAACAAACACAGACCUGGCCGUUACUACAAUAUUACCUGUUUUGUCUCAGAACUGCUGAAGACUCACACACUGCCGCAUUCGAGCUCCUUUCCACACCUUGUCGGAACAGCGUCGCGUUUCGUUGUGUCCGACCGACACUUGUGACCAGAACGAGUUUUGACACCUUUAUGCGUGUGCGUGUGUGUGUGUGUGUGUGUGUGUGUGUCUGUGUGUGUCUGUGUGUGUGUUUGUCUAUCUGUCUGCGUUUCUGCACCUUACAGGGGCUUGGAGCCUAAAACGUAUUGCCUUCUACAGUAGCUUCCUUCCACUUUUUAUAUGCAAGAUACUUUUUUGCACUUAAAAAAAGAAUUGAGGAUAAAUGACAACAUUUAGGCAGGCACAUCGGUUAAAUGGCCAGUUUAAAUAAGCACAUUUUAGAGCACAUAUUUGAAAGCGAGUAUUAAAACAAAUGCAGAGGAGCGCAUCCCAGUUUUCCCAUAAUCCUUUGGCUUCCCUUUUGCCACAAGACACCCAGCACAAGGACGAGGGCCCGAUGCCCGACAUGCCGAUGACACCGACUUCAGGCUCCUGGGCAGGAAAUACAAGAUGGCUCAGCAGCGCCACCAGUGGCCGGAAAGAGGAAGUGCUGGUUGUGUGCAGGAGUCACGCGGUCAGGGUGUUUCUCUCUAAGCAGCAUAUGGGGGGGGCUGUCGUUGGGGAUCAAGCCCAGGUGUUUGCGCACGUGUCCGGCUUCUUGCCGCGACAGCUUACGGCUCCGAGAGCUUCCUAAACACCGCGGCGUAUUUUUAGACGUGAGCCGCGCGCGAUUAUGAGGAAAACGGGGGACAGGACUCGUACCUGAAUCUAUCGCCGUGAGAGAAGACAAAUUGCGAUGGACAGUUAGUGACGUCGAGGACGCACCUCUUCUCUUGUGGAACCGUGCGACGAAUAAGAGCGAAGGACACAAAUCAGCGGGACCACCUAUUCGUAUCGUUGUGUGUGUGUGUGUGUGUGUGUGUGUGUGUGUGUGCAGGUGGCGUCGGUGUGGGUGUAGCGCGUCUUUUAUUGUUUUCAGCAGUUUCCUCGAUGACGACCUUGCCUCGAAAACGUGAACUGGGGCCGCGGUGACGCCGACCAUGGGACCGUUGUCCUUGCGGUCACCACAUUUGCCCUUAAAGGCCGUGACGAAGAGCGUGCACACACACACACACACACACACACACACACACACACACGCUCACGCUCACGCCCCCGUCGCGCGAGCCGGUCCCCUUCGUCCGUACCCAUGCGUGAGAGGAACGCUCGAACCCUUCCUUUCAUCCACCACGCCGCAGCGCAUGCUUCGGACACGUUCACACCGCGUUUCACCACAAAGCGUCUGGAACCGCGACUCGAGCGGCACCACGAAUGCCGCCAUUCGAACCGUGGGCCGCAGACGUCGCCGCACCGCUUCCGCUCCACCAGUCGCUCAUCUGGGAAGGCCUUCCUGUGGUCGGGGGCCCCUCGCGCCGGACCCUUUUGCCCGAGCGAGCGUUGGACGUUUUCAUUUCUUUUGCACCGCUAUCUUAAAGCGUGAAAAAGUGCCUGUUUGCACUUUGUGUACAUAUUGUAGCUCACACACCUCUGUCCUGGUGCAGCGCGACUUAGAGGUAGACUCUACCUGCCGUGAACUUCGGAAUCUUCUAGAAGACUAUUGCCUGUGCUUUUUCCUCCCCGAAGGAAAAUAGAAGAGCUAAUUAAUAUAUAUGUAUAUCGAUAUGUAUAUGUAUAUAUAAGAAUAUACUCUAUGAAAUUGUCCUUUUAAUUGCAUAGCUCAUAUUCAUCUUACAUAGGUGUUACGCGUCCCGUAUAACGGUGUCCAUCUUUUUUGUAUCUAAUGUGGACAUGUACAAAGUUUGUUCCGUGAAGAUGUGUCCCGUGUGCGGUCGUUGUCCUUGUGCUGUAAGCGUAGAGCCCAAAACAAGGGAACGAAACGCAGCUUUGCUGGGAGUCGCCCGAGCCGGGCCCGAGAAGCGCAACGGACUCUGUCCUCGGUCCCGGCGCCGGGAGAGCGUGGCGCAGACUGCGCUCUGAAUGGGACAGAAGGCGAAAGGGAAGGAGACGCUGGACGCUGGACGGCGAACGUGUCGUCGGGCCGUGAGGAACAACCGAAAACAAGCGGAGAGCGAAGCGCUCCUUUCCACGUGUUCCUUUAGCGGACGCCGUUCUGGCGAAAGAGGAGGCGGCUCGCGAACCCGUGCGCGUCGGCCUCGGGCGCGACCUCCCUCAAAUCUCUCCACGCUUUGUCACGUCGAGCUUCACCCGGAAGGAGACGGGCGCGGAGAGACCGCCGGACACCAGCUGGAGGAAACGUCUUCGUGCAUUUGGCUUUUUUCCUUUCCACGUAUUUUUUUUUUCUUUUUUUUAAAUGUUGACAUUUGAAAGAAAAAAGGGUUAUUAUAGGCACAAUAUUGUGCGGCGGGUCUCUUUUGUACUCUUCUGACUGUAUUUCUGAUGCAAUAAUCAUGUUUAGCGUUAAUAAAUCUUUCUCACUUCUGUUCUUCAGUGCUUUUCUAGCCUUUUUUUCUAGAACUCAGUCGUCGUAAGUUCCUUGUACUCUUGAUGUACGUCAACGGAGAGGGAGUGCGUGUGCGUGUGCGUGUGUGUGAGAAAGAUCACGUAUAUAUACACGCACACCCGGGGACAAUAUAUGAAACUGAUACAGUUCUUUUCUCUGCCGGACCCGUGGAAUAAAAAGAUGUUGAUUCAUAUCGAUCGAUCAAUGUUUUGUGUACAGAAAAUUACGGAAACUAAUAAAUGUCGAUUGCCGACUG